GAUGAGGAGACAUCCUGAGUACGUCAAAACCUCUCUCUCCCCCCUCCCAAACCGAACCCUUAUUUCUACUUCAACGGGAAAUUUCCAGUUUCUUGGACUAAAUUAGGGCUUUCUUGGACAAUUACUUUGAUCGGAAUAAGGUUCUUGAGCAGCCAUGUCGACGGGCAAUCCUCGGGAUGGCGACUUGCAGCUCGUGGCGGCACCGGAGACGGCCAAGUCGGUGGCGCUGCCGCCGCGCCCUCCGACAGCCGGCGGAGGUGCAUCCAACGCGAUCGUGGAGUACUCCGCGCCUGCUUUGCAAGAGGAACAGGAGGACUUGGAGGUUAAGCUUCGCCGUAUCAUAGAAAACGUUCCCGUGCGUGUUAGCAACACCUCCGGUAGCUCUGCUGGUUCCGGCUCCGGCGACUUUCACCAGUAUCGGCAGAUGCGGAGGAAAGAACAAGACAGGCUUGCGAGGAUGGACGUGGACUACCAGAAGAGGAAAGAAAUGGCUGAAUUUAUUCGGAGAAGGGAGGAGAGGCUUAAAGCAGCGGAGGACCGAACAGCAAAGAAGCGAUUGAAGCGCCAAAAGAAGAAGCAGAGGAAGAGGGAGAAGACGAGCAAGGUUACAGUCACUGCAGGAGGAGAGAACCUGAAAGAAGAAGAAGAGUCUUCCGAUGGCGGAGCAGAAUCUGAUGAUGCCAAUGUAACUCCGGGCUGAAUACCCUUUUUUAACUCGAUAAAUCAAGCAUCAGAAGGUUUUGUUAGAGCUCUUUCUGAAUACUCCCUCUCUCCUCGAAUAUUACGGCCUGUAAUUGUUCAAUUUAGUAUAAAGCUGUCGGUUUACCCUUUUAUAAACUGA